AUGCAGUACUGUGGUUAUGGAGCUCACAUCAUCUAUUUUCAGCACAUCUCCGAGCAAUCUUCUUCAGUUGCUGUCAAGGUUAAAGCAGCACGAGCAUUUGGAGAGUACCUGUCCCACACGCACCCUGAAAACCGAAACGGAUCAGCUCAUCUUCUGUGUGAAACCUUGGUGGGUCCCGACCCGGAGUCGCCAAGUGACACCAUUGGCCCCAACAACAACAACAACCACCUGUAUUCCUGCUCCAACACCACCAAGGGCUGUGAGGACAACCGGGAGUCUGGUGUGGUGAAAGCCCCGCUGGGUUUAGUCCAGCCACCUCUCCCUUCCAUCACCAUCUCUACCAAGCCAGCACGGCUGUCCCUCGAGCGCAGCUUCUCAGCUGAGGAAGACCAGCAGAAGUGUGUAGAGUGCACCCUGCAGCCUGCCCGUGUGUACACCAUCACCACCCAGCGCGGUAUGCUGAUGAGCAGCGGCCGGGGCAGCAAGGAGAGCCUAGAACUGGACGUCCUGAAGGAGAAGUCGGGGAGUCGCGGGGUGGGAUCCAGAGGUGGCUUGAUCCAGCCCUCCACUUCCCCUUCCUCCACCUCAUCGUCUCCAACCCAGUACCACCAUGCCAGCAGCGGCCGUGGCACCAGCCACCAUCACGGCAACCAUCACCACGGUAACCAUCACCACGGGAACCACCACGGCAUCUCAGGCACCAGUGCACCCUCCAGCAGUGGAGGAAGCAGUGGGGCAAGUGGAAGCAGCAGUAGCAACCAGCAGCAGUCUUUAGCCGUCACUGGAUCCCACUCCCACCAUGGAUCACACCACAGCCACCACCAUCACUUGUCUCAACCCCCGCUGCAGACCUCCGUCAGCGCCCACAACAUCCGCGGCUGGGGUGAGGGUGGAAAAGGGGAUGCGGAGUGCAGCGGGCUGGCCUGUGACUCGUGCAGCGGCACCCCCUCGAGGAGCCAGGGCUCCCUGGACCUGGAGAGCACAUCCCGAGAGGCAGGCAAGCAGCACCGACGCCUAGAGCGGAUGUGGAGUGUGGACCGGAUGACUGGGCUGGAGAGAGAGGACACUAACUGGUUCCCCAAGGAAAACAUGUUCAGCUUUCAAACUGCCACAACAACCAUGCAGGCGUGAGUGUCCACCUUCAAGCACACAUAUAAAUCUUAUGUGUACACAAACACACAUACAGUACAUGCAGUCAGGCUGGUGUGUUGA